AGCUUUUAAACAUAGUAGAAAAAGGGAACAAAUAAAUCAACAUGACUGCUGGGUCCUCUGAAAAGAGAGAGGCCGACCCAGAGUUAGUUGAGAAAAUAAUACAUACAUUGAAGUCACAGGGAUGUUUUGAUCAGUUUAGAAAAGAAUUUAUUGCCGAUGCAGACACAAAGCCGGCCUAUCACAAUCUACAACAGAGGGUUGAGUCGUAUGUGUCACGUUUCCUGAGCCAGCAGAAAUGGAGUCCAAAACUGAACAAAAAUCAGCUGAGAGAGACGCUCCGCAGGCAGAUCAAUCAGUCUGGUAUGUUGAACAAGGGCGUAGAGAGAAUUGUGGAACAGACAAUAAAUCCGAAGAUCAUGCAGCUGAUCAAACCAAAGACAGACGAGGUGACGUGUGAACACCUGAACAUCAGUCUAACAGAACACAAAAAUGCACUGAAGAGAAAACAACAAGAACAGCAAGAGAAACUGAUGAAAUCUCCAGACUCUGCCAGCAUACAGAGUCUCCUUAGUAUAAACUUCAACUCCCCACCACCAGGUUCCAAUGCUCCUCCUUUCACCAAUACAAGUUCCCCAGCCAUGCCUCCUGGACAGUUCAACCCAGGACCACCAGCAGCAGGAAUGCUUGGCCCAACACCCACACCGGCACCUAGCCAGUUCCCUCCACAGCUUCCUGGCUUCAGCAACACCAACCCAGCUGGUCUGACAUUUCCAGGAAUAAGUCAACAGAGUUUCCCUUUUCUACCACAUGGCUGGAAUGCUUCACUGAAUGCUGGAUUUCCACCAAUAUUUCCAGGCCACCCACCAUUCCAGACAUUUAGCAUCCCACCCCCGGGGACAGCAAUGACUGUCCCCCCACCUGCUGCUGGUGGUCUUCUGUUACCACCUGUAAGCAGUGCGGGAGUCGCCACCUCUGUGGCAGCUCUUAACAAGCUGUCUCCUGUUAAAGGUAUCAAAGGUCUCAAUGCUUUACUUGGCCUCCCGACCCCCUCAGAGGAACCUGCACCUCCAGGAACAGUCAUCCUUCCUGAUGGUACCCAUAUACAGAAAAAGAGACCACACUCCAGCAUUCAUGGUGGGGAGGACUCCAAAGACGGCAUUACAUAUGAAGGAGAUAACGAUGUAUCUUUACAAAGUAUACCAAUUCCUGACUCAGAGAAAGACCUGGCAGAGAGAGCUGUGAAUGAGCAGAUACAGAAAGCGAUGCAUGAGGAGAUGGCAGCUAAAGGUGAACUAGAAGGUGAUCUUGGAGAUCAGACUGGGGAAGGCAAGAGACAGUACAGGUUUGCCUGGGACGAAGAUAUACAAGAAGUAGAUUUAGAGGAUUCUGUAGGAUCAAGUGAUAUCAGCUCAGUUCACACAAGUGAUCUGUCACACUUUGAGGACAGUGAAAACAGCUCAGACAGUGAUCUUGAAGAUCUGGAGAACAAGUUGUUGCAAUUGGAGAAGAAACAGAAAGAUGAACCAGUUGAAGAACAUAUACCGAGUGAGGUCCCCCAGGAGACAGUUGAGGCCCAGGUAGAGGCAAUGGACACUGUAAAUACAGCUGGAGAGGCCCUAAUAGAAACUGCAGUAGAUACCAGUCCCAUCAAAUCUCAGGUUCUGGUUUCAACAGUAGAUGCCCAGGUAACUGCUGGAGUUGCUUUGAAGAAAGAGGUUGCCGGAAAGCCGCGUAAACUUCUGUCGUUACAGUACAACUACAGUGAUAGUGAUGACGAGGAGACGAGAGAGGAGAGAAAGGCGAGAGUUCGAAGAAGGAGACGUGUAAAGCAUUCAGCUAAGGAGAAGGAAGACCGAUACCAGCGUAGACUUCAGCGGCGAGCGGAACUAGAAGCUAAACGUAAAGAACGUGAAGAAGAAAGAUUACGCCAAAAGCUUGAGAAACUAGAACGUGCAAGAGAGGCACAGGGAAAAGCAGAGAAAGAAAAACUAGAGAAGGAAGAGGCAGAGAAGGAAAAAAUAGAGAAAGAACAGGCAGAGAAAGAAAAUGUAGAGAAAGAAAAAGUAGAACAAGAAAUAGUAGAGGAAGAAAAGGUAGAGCAAGUGGAAACAAAAACAGCUGAAGCUGAAGUUGAUGUUGCUGAGAAGGAACAGCCUGUAGAAAAACCAGAAACUCAAACUGAGAAAUUAGUUAGUGAAAGCACUGAAGAUACAACUACAAAAGCUGAUGAAGAAGCACCUGUAGAGAGUACUGAAGAUAGUAAAACAGCUGUUGUUGAUGUAGAUAAAGAGACAGUAGUAGUAACUGAAGUUAAAGAAGAAAAACCAGCAGAUUUGAAUGCAGAAGAUGUUCCCAAAUCAGAAGAUGAAAAGGUACAAAUUCCUGAUGUUACAGAAGACAGUGAAACUGUGGUUGCCAUGGAAACUGAGACAAUAAAAACUGAAAUAAACACUGAAGAGCCAGAACCUGCAACAGAAGUUAAAGAUGAAAUUAAAGCUGAAGCUGUGACAGAAGAGAAAGACACCAGCGUUGAUCCCAACAUCUCUGAUGCUCAUGCUGUAGUGGACACAAGUCUCAAUACAGAUUCUUCUGCCACUGCAACAGAGUCUAGUGUUACCUUGGAUACAAGUGUGCCCGAGGUACCAAGCUCACCGGACAAGAAGAAACACAAACGUAAAACAAAGGCAGAACUGAAAGCUGAACUCAAAGAACAGAAAGUGAUGGAAAGGAAGAGUAGAAGACAAAGAAUCAGAAAUAAAAGGUAUAUGUCAGAUGAGUUUGUGUAUAAGGGACUACCUAACACCCACCUCAGUGAGAGCUACGAUGAGACAAUGGUGAUUGAAGAAACUGUAGAGAUGGUGGAAAUAGACUCUGAACAACAAACAUUUGAAUUUGAUGGAAGUCAGGUUGAGCUUGUAGAGAUACCUCUACCAGAUGAAGGUGAAAGUCAGCCUGUUACCUUGGAAACAGUAGAGUUUACAGAAAUUGACAUACCAGAAGAUGGUGGGGAAGUUCUUGUUGCUGAGGGAGAAACAUACGUUGUUACUGACACAGCAGAGGGUGACCCAGAUAUACCACUUGAAGAAGAGACCGUUAUAGAAGAUGCCCCUCAAACUGAGAUAGUGGAGGUUAGCAUGGCAGAUACCGGUAGUGAAGCAGUUGGGAUAACUACAAGGUCCCGUAGCAAAAUCACUGAUGAUAUCAGAAGUAAUUCUAGCGACCAGUCUGAUUUCAGAACUGAGAUACAGUCUGGGCAGCCAGAUGGGAAAAGGAAGAGAAAAAGAACUUCAAGCCAGUCUAGCACAGGGGAACCAGUCUCAAAGAAACAAACCAGUCAAACAGAAGGGAGGCAACUUAGACACAAGGAAAGCAGAAGACCAGACUCCAGGACACGCAGCAGUUAUAGCACAGAUGACCUGUACAAACCACGUCACUCAUUUUCUCGCAAGUCUGCCUCCUCACCUCCACCCUUACCAAGUGGGCCUCCACCUCCUCCCUCAGAGCCAGAGCCAUCACUUCCCCCUCUACCUCCAUUACCACCCCCACCCGCAGAAUCUCCAGUUGGUGAAAAAGAUAAUGAACUCCCACAAGCACCAGAAUCUCCAGACGCUUCAGACUCUGAGAUUUCGUCUAAAGGUAGUAUAAAAGAUAGCAGAAAAAGAAAGAGGCACUCAAGGUCAAAGUCAAGGUCAUCAAAAAGAAGUAAAAGGUCAGGGUCAAAAUCUGAUGGAUCAGUGUCGUCAUCAUCAAGAAAGAGGUCAGGAUCUUACUCAAGUAGAUCUUCAUAUUCAAGAAAACGGUCAAAAUCAAGUCGAAGUCGAUCAAAGUCAUUAUCUUCAAUAAGCAGCGAAUCUAGGUCAAGGUCAAGGUCUAGUAGGUCAUACAGCAGGUCCAGAUCAAGAAGUAGGACAAGUUCCAGAUCAAGGUCUGUUUCCAGAUCAAGGUCCAGGUCAAUAUCGUCAGUGUCUUCAAAACGUUCAGCAUAUUCUGACGAUUCUGAGGAGCGACGUAGAAAGGCGAGACCAUUGGACGAGGUCAACUUUGGUGAGGCAGCAAAGAGAGCAAGACAGAACAUUAUAAUGCCUCCUUUUGGGAUGAGGGGUCCAGGCCCAAUGGGACCUAGACCGCCUAUGGUACCGAUGGGGCCUAGAGGACCCAUGGUUCCAGGACCAUUUCCAAUGCGGGGAAUGCCACCAAUGAUCCGAGGACCAAGGGGCAUGGUGAGAGGACGGUAUCCGUCUCCUAGACACAUUGGGCCAGAUGGUUCCCCGCUCCGACCCCCUGUGGGUUCUCCAGGCAAACCUUAUUAUCCACCAGGCAGACCGAUGUACAUGCCACAGGGACCUGGAUGGGAAGACCCAUUACGACCUAGACCUCCGUAUGAUGAGGAUGAUUACUACCCUCCUGAUGACUUACAUGAAGGACCUGGAAAGACUGGUGUAACAGAGCGUGGAACAUUGUAUAGAGAAGAUAAGAGCCCAACGCCUCCCCCUGAACGUAGGCCUGUGUACACCCCACCACCAGUAUAUCGUGAGAGAUCAAUGUCACCUCCUAUACCUACGGGGAUCACUGAAAGGGGAACGUUGUACAGAGAAGACACUUCACCUUCCCCUCCACCAAUAUAUAGAAGACGUAUAGAAGCCACACCAUCUCCUCCACUGAUGAGACCGAGGCACAGAAUGGAGUCACUUUCUCCCUCUCCACCUCCCAUGAUGAGGAGACGUACACGCAGUGCACGAAGUGGAUCGUACGAAGCUAUUUCUCCCUCUCCACCACAUCAUCCAGCAAGACGUAUUUCAGUCUCUCCUCCCCCUCAUCCUGCAAGGAGGUUAUCUGUAUCUCCUCCCCCAAUGCAAAGAAACACACCUCCUGUGUUGCGCCGUACUAGAGCUCAGAUCUCUGGAACCCCAUCUCCUCCAUCAUCUGGUGAACUUACUCCGUCUCCUCCAGAUUUAAGGGACAGAUCACACUCCCCUGUUAGUCCAGGACCACUAGGUCCUGUUUCCCCCUUAUCGCCAAGGGGACCAGCGUCACCACUUGACUCAUUGACCCCCUCCCCACCUGACCCCAGAGAGCGAUUGGCACCAGAGUCACCACAGGCUUCUCCGCGUAGAUCAAGACGUCACAGAGGAAGGGAACCAGCAUCACCUUCCUCCUCCUCUGAGGUUGCCUCACCGCCUAUACUGAGAAGGGGAACCAGGAACAGUUCUUCCUUAGAAGAGGAUCCUGUUCAGUAUGUUACCCGGGAAACAAGGUCACGCCAUGCAAAGAAGUCUUCGAAACGUCCAAAACGAUGAAUUUCUGAGACAUUUCAUCCAAUUGGUAACUGAUACAUUAAUAUAUUAUUGUGUUCAUGAAAACAGACUGGAAACAGAAAGACUGUGAAGUUAAUUGUGUAAUCAUUAAAAUGUUGAUACUUUGCUUCAUCAGACUGACCAGAAUUGCCAAGUGGAAUGAGCUGAAGGAUUGUAGACUUGUGCAUAAUAAACAGAGCCCCUCUGUGUCUCCAGAUUAAACAGGUUCCUAAAACUGGCUGUAGGAUUUUGAUAUUGGUGGCAACAGUUCCACUCAAAUUACCCAAAGUUACUAAAAUUAUUUAUUUUAUGAAAAAAAAAGUGUUAAAGAGCCAAGAUGAGUUUGAGAUGCACAGGAUUUGGAGUAGCCCGCUGAAGAUUUUUUUCUAAUCUGGACCAGAGAAGUAGUUGCAUGUGUAUACUAUAUUCUCCCCACUCUGUCUCAUAGCCAGAGAACAGAUACUGAAAUAUAUAGAAACAGUUAUGGAAUUUUGUUGAGGUGUGGUUCAGUGCUUUUGUAUAAAGGUUAUUUUUGCCCAACUUAAUCAUGUUAUAAUUGAAAUGAUUUCUAUAUCUAAAUAUCUAUGUCAUCCAGGAAGACUUUGUUUUCAAGUAGCCUGGAAUAUCUUUAUUGAAAUGAUUGUUACAAAACCACAACAUAGGCAUACAUUAUGAAAUAUACAAAAACCAAAUUGACAUUGAAAUACAGCUAGUUAAGUGAUGUUUAAAUCAGUACACCAAGUUUAAGUAUGUAUAUUUGAAUGUCGAGGUGAGAACUUCCUGUUAUUUACAUUUAGCAAUCAUUAUUUUAUAAUAGAUUAAAUUUAUAAAUAAUUCAAAAAUGCAUAUUCAUAAGGUUGUAGAGGUCAAUAAUACAGGCAGGUAGUGUUCCUAAAGAAGUGUUUAUUUCUAAGCCAAAUCUGUGUUAAAGCGUCCAGUUUGGAGAGCAACAUAAUCUGGGUGCUUAAGGCAAGUGACUGCAUAAAAUAAAAGUUCAACUUGGAACAAAUAGUACAUGAAAGUUAGUUGACUUGCAGCCUGAAUCAAGUGGCUGUUAAAUAAAGUGGUUGCUAAGGUAUUUUCAUUCCUUCAUUAAUAAUUUAUGGUCUAUAUUAAAUUUUGUGUCAAUUUUGGUAAAUGUUCUUUUGCUUCAAAUGUCUGGUCUGGAAGACAAACAACAGUGUCUCAGACAUUUCACUUUUACCUCAGAAAGGAACAUUGUUAAUUAUAUAAUUAUAAAAAUAGUAAAUCUUUUAUCUACAGGAUGUAAAGUCUACUCUAGUGUUCCAUCUCGAUCUAAAAUGCAUGUCAAUCUAAAUGUUUUAUAGCUGAUGACAAAGUAUAUACCAAGAAAAAAAAACGUUUGAGGACGUAAAACAACUAUAUGUUAUAACAGUUACCUGUUUUUAUUGGAAAGUACACAAAAUAUAAGAAUACAUAUAUCUAGCGUGAUUUGGAAUCCCAGAAAAUGAUUCCAUAUUGCCUUUUUCGUGGAGGACAAGGAAAUUUAGAUAAGAAGAAAAUUAAACGAUAUUUCCUUAAUCAGAUAAUAUCUUUUUGAUAUAAUUUAAUAGUCUCCUCGAGAAUAUAAUUAUAGUAACAAAAUUGUACAUGUUGAAGCAUAAGUGUUAUCUUUAUUUUCUGAAAAUUGGUUUGGAAUACCAAGGUACACUGUAAGCUUUAAAUGCAGGAUUCAUGAACUAAUUUACUAGUCUAAAAGUUAUUUCACUCAAAUUAUAUGUUCAAGUAAAUUGAUAAAUGAAAAAUAAAAAGUCUGCAAAAAUGGCACAUUUAUGAUUAAUUCAUGCACACAUUUGUGAUAAAUUCACGUACACAUUUAUGAUAAAUUCAUUCAAAACCAAAUUUUCAUUGGAUGUGAUAUAAUAGAUUUACUCCAGAACUCCGUUUACAUCUGGUUUUUCCAAGAUUAUUACACACACUGUGGGUACAAACAAACCAUUCUAUAAAUAGAUUGCGCUUAUGUAGCAUUGAAAUAUGUUGAAAUAUGUCAAAAUAUUAAACCCACACACUUGUAAACACAGUCGGUGUCGGCAUCAGCGUCGGCGUCUGCGUUGGUUAAAGUUUUUAAUAAAGUCAAAUAUCUCUGUUACUAUCAAAGCUAUUGACUUGAAACUUGAAAUACUUAUUUACUGUCAAAGUCUACACCAGGAGAAACAAUCCCCAUAACUCUGUUUGAAUUUUGACAGAAUUAUGCCCCUUUUUAUACGCCUUUUGAAAAACGGGACGUAUGGGAACGCCCCUGGCGGGCGGAUGGGUGGGCGGGCGGCGUCCACAGACUUUGUCUGGAGCAUAUCUUCUACAUGCAUGAAGGGAUUUUGAUGAAACUUGGCACAGUUGUUCACCAUCAUGAGACGGAAUGUCAUGCGCAGAAACCAGGUCCCUAGGUCUAAGGUCAAGGUCACAGAGGUCGAAGGAUACAAGAAAGAAAACUUUGUCUGGAGCAUACGAGGGAUGUUCGAAAUGAAUUGCUUAUUUCUGUCUAGAGACUUCAAAUUUCAAGUUAGCCCAAAAGGGCUCACUUCAUGCCCUGGAAGUACUCCCCGUGGCUAGAAAUGCAAAGUUUCAGCCGAUGUAUCCACUUCUUGAAGGCGUCACGGUACGCUGAUUUGGGCACAGUAAUAAGGUACUGAUGAAUGGCAGAUCCAAGUGCCUGUCGGGGCUGGUAUUUCCGCCCAGCAAGGAAUGAUUUCAAUUUUGGAAACAAAAAGAAAUCACAUGGGGAAAGGUCUGGGGAAUACGGGGGGUGAGGCAAAACAGUUACUUUUUCUUUCUUCAAAAACGCCGUAACUAUUGCGGAGGUAUGAGUGGGGGCAUUGUCAUGUAGAAGACGGACAUGUUUAAAACCAGUGGCAGGGCGUCGUUUCUGAUAAUACUUUUUCAGUUUCUUCAGUACUACGUCUUUGUAGUACUUUCCGGUGAUGCUUUUGCCCUUUUUCACUGGCACUUUUAUUGCGACUCCUUCACCAGAGAAGAAGAUUGCAUACAAAACCUUCUUUGCACUCAAAGAACGUUUGGCAAUUAUUGGGCGUUUGCUGUGUUUAGUGGCCCAGAUCUUAUUGCUAACCUUUCUGACGGGCUCAAAAUAAUGGACCCAGGUUUCAUCACCUGUGACGACAUUGGCAAACUGCUUUUUGUCAUAUUUUGGAAACAUUUGAAGCAGCUUUUUGGCCACUUUAACCCGUUGCCUCUUUUGCUCAUCAGUCAACAGAUGUGGCACCCAUCUAGCAGAAAUCUUUCUGACUUUCAAAUGCUUCUUCAAAAUAAGGUGAACCAUUGAUAGUGAUAUGCCUACCUUUCGUGCAAUAUCACGAACUGUAAAUCUGGCAUCUCCUUCAAUGAUUUCCUUUAUUUUGGAAACGAUUUCUUUAGGAGAUGCAGAUUUUGGCCUACCUGAUUUCGGUACAUUUUUGAUGGACUCUACACCAGACUCAAAUUUCUUUUUCCAUCGCAGGACUGUGUCAUAAGACACACAAGAAGGUCCAUAAGCAGUAGAAAGUUCAGUCAUCAGCUGCUUCAAAGAACAACCAAGUUUUGAGCGAGCUUUGAUGUAAGCCCGUAUUUCAUCUUUCUUGUCGACGCUUCUACUAACCAUUUUUACUACAGUGGUCAAUGAUUGCGUGUAUUCAAAUGGCAAAUUUUAUGUCUUACACUUAGUCUAACAUGUACAUUUAUACACCUUUGUGUAGGUAUUGAAUAACCCUAUACAGGUAGGUAUUGGUUUUUAUCGUGCCCCACGUGGAUAUCGAGCUAGAGGACAAUAAGCAAUUCAUAUCGAACACUCCUCGUAUCUUCUUCAUGCAUGGAGGGAUUUUGAUAUAACUUGGCACAAAUGUUCACCACCACGAGGCGGAGUGUCAUGCGCAAGAACCAGGUCCCUAGGUCUAAGGUCAAGGUCACAGAGGUAAAAGGAUACAAGAAUGAAAACCUUGUCCAGAGCAUUUCUUCUUCAUGCAUAGAGGGAUUUUGAUAUAACUUUGCACAAAUGUUCACCACCACGAGGCGGAGUGUCAUGCGCAAGAACCAGGUCCCUAGGUCAAAGGUCAAGGUCACACUUAGAGGCCAAAGGUCAGAUACAAGAAUGACUUUGUCCGAAGCAUUUCUUCUUCAUGCAUGGAGGGAUUUUGAUGUAAUUUGACACAAUUAUACACCAUCAUGAGACGAAGUGUCAUGCGCAGUUCCUUUCUUUAGAAUUACUUCCCUUUGUUUUACUAUAAAUAGUUUAUAUUGUAACUUUUUCAUUACUAGUCGUAGGGAAAAAUCGAGACCACUUUUCUGUAGUACAACAUGCAUGCUACAUCCAAAUAUGAGGUGUAUUUUGACCAAUCUCUACCUGGUAAAGAUUUUUGUCGGGACUUAUAAUUUUUUUUGGAUUUUUUUUUUUUUUAGCUCACCUGUCACAAAGUGACAAGGUGAGCUUUUGUGAUUGCGCGGUGUCCGUCGUACGUACGUGCGUCCGUAAACUUUUGCUUGUGACCACUUUAGAGGUCACAUUUUUCAUGGGAUCUUUAUGAAAGUUGGUCAGAAUGUUCAUUUUGAUGAUAUCUAGGUCAAGUUCGAAACUGGGUCACGUGCCUUCAAAAACUAGGUCAGUAGGUCUAAAAAUAGAAAAACCUUGUGACCUCUCUGGAGGCCAUAUAUUUCACAAGAGACACGAUUCUCAUAACUAUAAUUUGAAUUUUGACAGAGUUAUGCCCCUUUUUAACUUGUUUUUUUUUUUCACUGGCAAAGCUCAAAUUCAGAGGCAAGCACUGAGAAAAGGCAAGCGCGCUGUCAUACGGACAGCUCUUGUUAAUAAAUAGUAUCAGUUUGGCUUGUUAAUUCAAAGCAAUAUUUGAUGUAUUAAAAGGAUUAAACUUUGAUAGUUUAUGUAACAAAUCUGCGAUAUUUGUACCUACACUGAUUUGGGAAAACCCAGUUCCGGAUUACGACUAUUCUUGAUGCAGUUUAAGGCAGAUGUUGCCAUUUAUGGAUAGAGACAAAAUGUAAAUUUCAGUUCAGUAGUUAUUAGAAAAGUGAAUCCAUGGCAGUGAUUGUUGAAACUGUUAAGUUGUUUUAUUUAUGUAUAAUUAUUACUGAAUUUCCAUGUAUACUUUGUAAAAUAAAAGAUGAAAUUACCA